AUGAGGAGGUUCAUUACCAUUGCAGCUGUGAGGUUCCAAAGAGAUGGAACAGCAAGACAAGACACUCUGCUCCAGUACCGAAGAACACUGCCCAAUCUUACAUCUGUCAGCCAGUGCAUAAGGGUCAACCUCCAGCAGUCCAGGCAGUACAAUAACAUCUUUUCCUACGCUGUUCCUGAUGACUCGAAUGAGCUGGUCUUUUCUGUUCAGUUCGGAGACGACACCUUCUACCUUGCCUGCUGUGGCGGCAACGUUGAGCUGGAGGUGCCGCUGCCUACGCCCCUUCGUCAGUGGAUCCCCGUGUGCUUCGUCCUGGACCUCCUGCACCGUUCGAUAAGGCUUCUUGUCGAGGGAAAAGUGAAGGAACACCGGCUGGCGACCUUGGCGGAGUCGCCUCUCGCUGUUCGUGGAGGGGGACUCCUCGUGCUGGGGCAGGAUCAGGACUCGUAUGGCGGCGGCUAUAUCGAGUCACAAAGCUUUAGUGGAAUUUUGGUGGACCUCCUGCUGUUCGACCGCCUGUUAUCCGACGACGACUUAAUAGCAUUUAGUGAGUGCAGAACGAUGACGACCACAGCGUUACCCAUCGUCAGCUUUUCCAAUGUCGAGCAGGACUUUGAAGCUGUGAACGCUGAGGUGGAACGAAUAGGCAAACAAGACUUUUGCGAGACCCAUCGGAAAGACAUCCUCAUCUUCCCUGAGCUGAGGCCAUUUGAGGAAGCCAAACGUCUUUGCAAUAUUUCCGGGGGCGAACUCGAGGUGCCAGAGAGCAAGGAGCAAGGUUGGUUACUCUUCAACAAGUGCAUCCCAUAUGCUAAGUUUUGCAAUACUGGAUCCAUGACUAAUUUCUGGCUCGGAGUGAAGGGCAAUGUAACCACCCAGACCUGGAAUCACUACGUUACAGGCAAAGUUCUUACUUAUACUGAUAGCACGUUAAAGAAGUUCACUAUCGAGGAGCCUGCCACCUGCGUUGCGUUCAUAGGAGACAACAACACCAAUGUAAACCAGCACGCCAACUGGAAUUCAGUCGACUGCCAAGAGGAGCGGUGCCCGCUUUGUUACCUGGACGAAGUGGUGCUCUUGAAGGCACGAGGCCUCUGCAGUGAGUCCUUAUUUGACCGUGACUAUUUCCUGACGAACGAUAACGGCGCAGUCACUUUCACUGGCGUCUAUUACUCGAUGAUUACGCGUUAUUUCACUUCCCAAGGCAAUGAUACGGGAGAGUCUGACUACGGCUAUUGGGUUCUCUCCCGACUGGACAAACCCUCCGUGAGAGCCACCUUACAGAUGGAUUCUCCCACGCACUAUCCACUCGGCCGUCAAGAGUGGGUCGUCGACAACGAUGUGUGUGGCGUAGACAGCAUGGUCAUCAUGAUGACGGUGUGCAAGGAGCACCAGUUCUCCUGUGACGACGGUAACUGCGUGAGGAUUCAGCAGCGCUGCGACAUGGAAGUGGACUGCCCCGACGGCUCAGACGAGAUGGGCUGCGACUUCCUCACCCUCGAUCUCUCCUACAACAGCGACAACCCUCCGCCGCGCCUCGACGUCACAAAGCCAGUCGAAAUCAAACUCCAGGUCGACAUCUUCGCGAUACGCAAAAUCGACGUAGCUAACUUCCGAUUCACCUGCGAGAUCGAGAUCACUAUGGAAUGGUUCGACUCCCGCCUAAGGUUCCGCCACCUCAAUUACGCCAGCGAACUCAACUCCUUGACGGGGCUGGAGCGGCAGCCUUGGAGGCCCAAACUGGAGUUCCUGGGAGACAGGAACACGGCCAGCGACGUCCAGGAGCGGCGGGUCACCCUGAGCGUCCGACGCUACACCACGCCUCUACGCGACAACGACGAAGAAGUCCUGGAAAGCGAGAUAUUUGAGGGCGGCGAGAAUGGCCUUCUGAUGGUGCAGAAACUGACAGUAACGACCCCGUGCCAGUUCAGCCUCGAAAUGUUUCCCUUCGAUCAACAGGUCUGUCAUUUGCGUAUGAGUCUCACCGGAGUGACCAACCAGUACGUGAAGGUUCAUCCAGGCGAAAAGGGCAUCGCCUUCCGAGGGCGCAGAAGGCUGCUCGAAUACCAGCUGGUGCGGGAAGGGAUGGUCCAACAUGAUCAGGGCAACUACAGCGGCGUGGAGGUGCAGCUGUACCUGCGCAACUUGUCCAACUUCUACAUCACCUCCACUUACGUCCCGACCUUCAUCAUCGUCGUCAUCGGCUACCUCGUGUACUUCUUCCCAUUGGCCAACUUCAACGAGAGGGUGUUGGUGGGCCUCACCGGCCUACUUGUUGAGGCCACUUUCUUCUCGCAGGUUAAUUCGUCCAUCCCUCACACGGCCUACAUGAAGCUGGUCGACAUCUGGAUGGUGUUCUGCAUCCUCACCCUGUUCCUCGUGGUGGUGUCCGUCGUCGCAAUUCAGUGCAUCCAGGAUUCGCCAACAGUGAUUCCAUACAAGCCAAGGAAACCUAAACUCGUCCUGAAGCAAUCUUGGAGUACCAAACCAGACGCAUGGAGAAGCAGUUGCUGGAAUCUGAGUAGCAUGUGGUACAGAUGGAGAAGCAGAUGGCUCAGUGGAAGCCGGGCUGUGCAGCUGAAUAGAUGCUGCCUCAUGAUCGUGCCCCUGGGAUCUCUCGUGUUCCUGGCCGUGUACGCAAUCAUGGCCAGCGACAGGGUCUUCUGA